UGCUAUGUACUUUACAUAGGUGCAGUACGCUGUCGCGCCGGUAACUAACCAGUGUGCAUUCAAAAUCUCUUUGUAUUAUUUAUUUAUUUUACGAAUCGAUACGUUUUAUAAUGUUUACGCGGGGUUAUUAGUGCAGCCGCUGCCGGGUGCAUCGGACGUGCUUCGAUCGCUCUAGUUUCCAUCGGUUUCCUUCAGCACACGUGUUUAGGUUUACGUGUUGGACUAGUGAAGUCAAUGACUCGACGUGACAUACAUUCUGAAUUGCAUAUGUGAAUUUUAGUGUUUUUUUUUUUACAAACAAACGUGUUACAAAAACCAAAGUGCCCAAAGUUUAACUAUAGUGUGUAUUUAAAAAAAAAACUAUUUAUUACUAAAUUAUUUAUAGUAAAUAUUAAAAAUAUAUAGGUAUUUAUCUGCUUUUAUAGUGCAGAAAAAACGAUACUAAAAAUAAAAAACAGUGUAUAACAAAAAUAAGUGAAAAAAACCAAUCUCAGUGCAUCGAAAGUACCAGGCGCUUAGAGACAAUAAGAGCUUCAUACGCGACGAUGGCGCGGUGACAAAGUGGCCUACAUGCCGGUGGCGCUGGGCUCGCUCGGCGGCGAGGGCGAGUACCGCGAGUACCACCAUCUCUCGCCGCACCACCCCACGCACAUCCAGUACCAUGAGUACGCGCCGCCGCCGCCGCCGCCGAUGUACCACCCGAUACCGGACCCCUAUUUUAGGCGGCACGCUCCAUAUUUUGGACAACCAGACUACAGAGUUUACGAGCUCAACAAACGGUUACAACAGAGAACAGAGGACUCUGACAACCUGUGGUGGGAUGCGUUCGCGACAGAAUUCUUCGAGGACGACGCCACGCUCACACUCACAUUCUGUUUAGAAGAUGGACCCAAGAGAUAUACGAUAGGCAGGACGUUGAUCCCCCGCUACUUUCGUAGCAUAUACGAGGGCGGCGUCUCAGAGUUGUACUACACGAUGCGCCAGCCCAAGGAGUCCUUCCACAACACCAGCAUAACCCUGGACUGCGACCACUGUACCAUGGUCACGCACCAUGGGAAACCUAUGUUCACUAAGGUGUGCACGGAGGGCCGCCUGAUCCUGGAGUUCACGUUCGACGACCUCAUGCGCAUCAAGUCCUGGCACCUCGCCGUGCGCGCCCACCGCGAGCUCAUCCCGCGCGCCGCCGUGCUCCCGCCCGACCACGCCGCGCUCGACCAGCUCGCCAAGAACAUCACGCGCCAGGGCAUCACCAACUCCACGCUCAACUACCUCAGGUUGUGCGUGAUCCUGGAGCCGAUGCAGGAGUUGAUGUCCCGCCACAAGGCGUACGCGCUGUCGCCGCGCGACUGCCUCAAGACCACGCUCUUCCAGAAGUGGCAGCGGAUGGUCGCGCCGCCAGAGUCGCAGCGUCCCGCCAGCAAGCGCCGCAAGCGCAAGGGCAGCGGCGGACCCAACGCCGCGCCGCCCGCGCCCGCCAAGAAACGAUCUCCCGGACCUAACUUCAGCCUGGCCUCACAGGACGUGAUGGUAGUAGGCGAGCCGUCGCUGAUGGGCGGCGAGUUCGGCGACGAGGACGAGCGGCUCAUCACGCGGCUCGAGAACACGCAGUACGAGGGCGAGCCCGACUGGAACAACGCGCCGCCCGACGAGCCCGCCAAGACGCCGCCCAACCACUGACCGGGGACUGGCGGCCGACACGCUACCGGUGGCUAGGGAAAAUGUUCAUCCUGAUACUGCGAGAGACAGAUACUGACAGAUAAACUGACGGCGGAGUGUAGGACUUGCGAUGUUUGAGGUGGCUAAAGUAAAAGAAUUCAUCCAAAUACUGCGAGUGUACUAACGAGAGACACAUACUGACGGCAAAGUGUAGGAAUCGUGAUUCUUAGAGGUCUUAAGUGGUACAAUUAAUCUAAAUACUGCGAGUAAGUACUAUUUCGACUAAUACUGUCAGACGCACUGUCGAUGGAAUGACUGAAUUGUCAUUCUAGAGGUCUCAAGUGGUAGAAUUCUUCCAAUUAUUGUGAGUUGAACCGUUGCUUAAAUUCAAUUUUGAUUUUAUUUACUUCGUGUUAUAACAGCAACAGAAAUACAUCAUCUGUAAAAAUUACAACUUUUUAACUAUCACGGUUUAUGAAAUACAACCCAAUGACUAUCAUACAGAUUCAUACAGACAGCAGAGCUUUAAUAACACGAUUCCGAUUUAACCCUUUGCGCACGGGACCCUAAAAACUACAUAAAUAAUAACGUACAUAUAAUAUCAUGCUGUUAUAAUCCUUUAUUAGUGUAAAUAACACAGCAUAAUAUUAUUGUCAUGUUCUUGUGUUAAAUACAGCCUUUAUAAGUCUUGUAGGUGUGAAAGGGAGACAACAAUAUAUGCAUUUUAUUGCCAUCUCUCUUCCACAAUUACACGAUUUUGAGGUAGUCGUAAAUUUGGAUGAAUUCUCCUAUAUUUUCUGCUAUAUUUAAAAUACCUACUUAAUCGGUAUGAACAACUUUCUAUUAUAUUCCAUUUGUUUAGGUAAUUAAAUGGUCUAAGUUCGAUUCCCACCCAGGAUGAAUGUUUGUGUGAUGAGCACGAUCAUUUGUUAUGCGUCUUGUUGUAAUUAACUGGUGUUUAUAUUUAGAAACGGUAAAUUUAUCAGUGGUCUAGUAUUUAUACAAGCUUUGCUUAGUUUGAGACUAGAUGGCGUUGUCUAAUAUCAUUAUCAACUAAUGAUGUAUUAUAUAAAUGGACCAAAAUUUAUUCCAGAAUAGAUUAUUUUAAUUCUUGUAGAAAGUUGUUCAUAUCUAUUUAAAAAAAUUGUAUUAUAAAUACUACCUGUCUUUAACGAAACAGCCUUUCUACCUAAGUAACUCUUCUACAAUUGUGAAAUGUAUUUAAAUGACAGGUCAAAGUCACAUGACUUAUCGAAAAAUGUCAUUUAAAUACAUUUAAGUGUUUUAUUAUAAUUAUAGGAAUUUUACUUAGCGUAGAAGGGGUGUUUUCUCCGUCACGAGAUCUACACUUCGCCGUCCAACAGUAUCUAGUUGGACGACAGUUGCAGGACUGUCUGCCGACUGUUUUGUUGCAUAUAACCGCUGGCUCCUACACGACACGUUGAUAGCACUACAGGUUUCAAACACAUCUGUUAUUUACAAGACAGUGAACAAAAAUAACAAUUCGUCAAUAGGUCACUUGUGUAUAAAACAAACAAUGAUUAAAAAAGGACUUAGACUUGAAUAGGGGCCAUUAAAAGCACGCGAAUUGGGGUAUAGACCAUUAAGACAAGGAUAUUAUCUCUCUUUCGAAAACUCUUUAUCACAUUCAGGUCUAUAAGAGUGGUGGCGGACCAAAAAAUAUUAAAUUAAUAUCAUUACUAGCGAAAAUGACCCCACGGGAACAUAAAAUCGGGAUAAAAUCUAUCUUAUGUGUUAAUCCUGGUUAUAAACUAUCUGCGUACAAGUUUCUUGCAAAUCCGUUCGGUGGUUUUUGCGUGAAAGAGGAACGAACAUCCAUACACACAAAUUUUCGAGUUUAUAAUAUUUUUAGGACGUGUGUGUAUUAAUAUAUCUGAGGGCUUAGAUAAAGUUACAUCUCAUUACGAGAGAAAACUUCAAAUGUAUAGUAAUGACAUUCCUUUUUAACAAGUGACGUGACUUUGACUUGUCAGUUCAAUACAUUUGAGUGAUUCGUCAGCGUUAGAGCGAGGAGUAAUGUAACUUGUCUAAUGGAUUUAGGUCUUUAAGUAUUUAUUAUUCAACAGGGCAGUUUACUUUGAGAAAGAGGUCCAAAGAAAAUGGUUUAUAUCUCGAUUCGCAAGUUUUUAAUGGCUUCAAAUCAUAAUACAAAAUGUAAUACGACUUGAGAUGGAAUUACAACAAAUAUAUAAAUUAAUUAUUUUAAAAAUGCUUUCUAGAAAGUGUAAUAAUUUUGUGUGGACGCGCUGUUCUUUUACUCGAAUACUGGGGUUUUUGUUAACUAACUUAGAUGUUCAUAUUUCGACAACAAACGUUAUAAUAAUUAAUUUUCAUUUAAUGAAAUACGAUUUAUAUUAGUUUAGGACCCCGUCGCUGCGUCAGCUCAUUAUUAAGGACUCUGGUUGGGUCAUACAUUAUAGGUAUACACAACUUGCAUACUUAACUGGACAGUUUUUAGCCACCUCACGAGGUUUGUGAGCAAAAACGCCUAGGUCCUAUCGUAUGGUUGAUGUAACAACCUGGUGUCCAGAGUUUAAACCGCCCGUAGACCUCUGACGUGAUCCAACACACCCUUGAAUUUCCUUGUGUCCCAGUUUCCUCUAGGUGUUCUUCUGGGCCAUUUUUGACUAGAUUAAUUGUUUUAAAUAUGUCGCCUGUGUAUUGUGUGUGCGUUACACUUCAAGAAAUGAAUAACGUUCGCGUUCACUAUCCUACAAAAUUAUUAUACUUUCACGAUAGCUGUAUAUUUUAUAUUUCGUUGACAGUCCAUAACUAAUAAAUUAUCUAAUAUAAGUAUAAAUACGUUGUUGUUAUUCCAUCUCAAGUUACGUCUUCGUCGAAUUCUCAAAUGAUUUGUAAAAAAAAGUAUGUAAAAAUAUGGCGGCGAGCGAAGUUAGAAUGAAUUGAAUGGAAGAACGAAUGAGUGAAUGAUUGGGAACGCCGUUUACAAGAAAAUUAGUAUAUUUAGUGCCCUUAUUGAUUGUACUGAUACGAAAUGAGUUUGUAAAUUUUAAACAACAAUUGUAUUAUAAAAAACCUCGGUCUUUUCCAAAAAUAUUGGAGCAAUAUCAAGAUUGUUUUUUUAUUUGUAAUAAUAAAUGUUUCUAAUUAGGAAAAUUGAGUGUUUUUAUCUUGUUAUUACUUCAAUAUUUCUUUUAAAGGAAUAUCUGAGAAUGUCUGCGUGUAAUAUUAUUACUUGCUUGUAACCUUUUUGAUAUGAAACAACUUCUAAUUCACAUACUUACAGUUAUUUUUUUUCUCCAUUUUAUAAUAUUAACUUAUAGAGCAGAUGUCUUAUAUGUAUUUGUCAUACUAAUUUAAUCUUAACACCACUGUGAUAUGUCAAAGGAAAGUUUCUAGUGUGUGAGUGCUACAGGUCUAAAGUAUUUGUGACAGUCGCAUUCUGGAGAUUUUCUUGUCACAUAUAUCUAUAGCGUUCUAAAGAUCAAUUUAUACAUACAAAACUCUGCAAGAUGAAUUUAUAUGUUCUUGGAUAUCUAUCAUGUUUUAAUGUAAUAUUAUUGUAAUUGUGGAAGUAUGACGGCGCAAUACAUUGUAUAUAGCGCCAUCCCUCUUCCACACUGUAUUAAGUACGUGGCAAUCCCCUGUGGUAUUUAUUUCCUUUAAUUCAAAUAAGUUGUACUCAUAUUUGUAGUUCUUUAAAGCCUGCAAUGCUAUUAUUUCUUGAUAUCUCUGCCUCAUCCUGUGGUUGACCGGUAGCGAAUGCCUCAGGCAUUUUUGUAAAUUUUUAAUAAGAAGGUUUUAUCAAAAAGGGUACAGUUUGUAAUGUACACGAAUGUAAUAUAAAAAUGUCAGACGGGCCGUUAAGCCUUGCUUUUUGAAAUUGUAAUAUAUUAAUUAUACAAAGUGAUUUGAUAGAGCUCUGAAUUGAUAUAAAAAAAAUCGUUUCUGAGUAUUUCAAUAUCUCAAAAAAAUGAAGUUUUAUACAAAAAUACAAACAUUUGUAUAUGAACGUCAUUUUUGUUAAAGUUUUCUCAAAAAAACGAUGUUUUUUAUAUAACCCGAGUCCGUUUAAAUCUUGUAUAAUAAGUACCAGGGUAAAGAAUCAAACUUAACCGCACAAGCAGUUGUCGCUAGUUUAGCUGUCAGCUGUCAACUGUCAAAUGUCAUUGUGACACCAUCCGUUAUAGUUUUAAUUUGUAUCUGUGUGUUUGUGGUAUUGUAUGGCUAAGCGGUGCGGAACGUGCAGUGGUUACUGGCUCUCGACGGGCAAACAAGGAUUAUGUCAACAAAUAUAAAUAAAUCAAUAAAUAUAGGCCUUUACGGAUAAAUUAUCA